AUGCCCUCGCCAGUCUACACAUGCCCUCGCCAGUCUAUUGGAUCCCAUGCCCUCGCCAGUCUAUUGGAUCCCAUGCCCUCGCCAGUCUAUUGGAUCCCAUGCCCUCGCCAGUCUAUUGGAUCCCAUGCCCUCGCCAGUCUAUUGGAUCCCAUGCCCUCGCCAGUCUAUUGGAUCCCAUGCCCUCGCCAGUCUAUUGGAUCCCAUGCCCUCGCCAGUCUAUUGGAUCCCAUGCCCUCGCCAGUCUACCCAUGCCCUCGCCAGUCUAUUGGAUCCCAUGCCCUCGCCAGUCUAUUGGAUCCCAUGCCCUCGCCAGUCUACCCAUGCCCUCGCCAAUCUAUUGGAUCCCAUGCCCUCGCCAGUCUAUUGGAUCCCAUGCCCUCGCCAGUCUACCCAUGCCCUCGCCAGUCUAUUGGAUCCCAUGCCCUCGCCAGUGUAUUGGAUCCCAUGCCCUCGCCAGUCUAUUGGAUCCCAUGCCCUCGCCAGUCUAUUGUAUCCCAUGCCCUCGCCAGUCUAUUGGAUCCCAUGCCCUCGCCAGUCUAUUGGAUCCCAUGCCCUCGCCACCUCGCUUCGGACCCCCACAAUCUGCAGCGUGCUAGCCUCACUCAGGGGCCCCCGCCCGGACGUGCUAGCCUCACUCAGGGGCCCCCGCCCGGACGUGCUAGCCUCACUCAGGGGCCCCCGCCCGGACGUGCUAGCCUCACUCAGGGGCCCCCGCCCGGACGUGCUAGCCUCACUCAGGGGCCCCCGCCCGGACGUGCUAGCCUCACUCAGGGGCCCCCGCCCGGACGUGCUAGCCUCACUCAGGGGCCCCCGCCCGGACGUGCUAGCCUCAUUCAGGGGUCCCCGCCCGGACGUGCUAGCCUCACUCAGGGGCCCCCGCCCGGACGUGCUAGCCUCACUCAGGGGCCCCCGCCCGGACGUGCUAGCCUCACUCAGGGGCCCCCGCCCGGACGUGCUAGCCUCACUCAGGGGCCCCCGCCCGGACGUGCUAGCCUCACUCAGGGGCCCCCGCCCGGACGUGCUAGCCUCACUCAGGGGCCCCCGCCCGGACGUGCUAGCCUCACUCCUAGUCCCCCGCCCGGACGCACUAGCCUCGCUGAGAGUCCCGCGCCCAGACCCUAG